AUGGAUCGCACGAUGAAGUUCACCCUGGCGGUGGUGGCGCUCCUCCUCUGCACAUGUUCAGCUCGAACAUUGAAGCAGGGCGACGAGGAGGCCCCCCCUCCCGGAGCCGCGUUUGCACGUCUCGUCUGGGUGGCGACCGGCAUUCCGUCCUGCCGUCUGGACCCCAAGUUCUUCAGCAUCGACCUCGACAAGUGUCAGGGUCUCAGUGAGCUGGCUGAGAAGGUGGCCAAGAACCAGACGGUGGACGAGGUGGUGUGCGAGCCCGAGUGCGCCAACGAGUACAAGAAGCUGAACAGCCAGUGCGCACGCGACCUGUUCGACACCUUCUCCCGCGACACGGUGGACUUUGCCAACGCCACCCUCCUGUACUGGGGCGCCUGCGCCGCCCAGAGCGUGGCCACCUCCCUGGGCUACCCCCCCGAGCCCACCUCGGUGCUCACCCCCGAGAAGCAGGCCGCGGUCGAGAAGCUGCUGGGCCUCAAGUCCGCUCCCGUCCCGGCACCCGCCCCCGAGCCCGCCAAGACUGCCGACAUGACGGCCGAGCAGGCCCUGGAGGCAGCACAGGCCGCCCUCACAGCCGCAGCCGCAGCCGUCAGCUCCGCCUCGGCGGCGACCACCGCCGUGGAAGCCGUCAGGGCCGCCAACGGCCCGUGA